UAGCACGAGCGAGGGAAAUUGAGUUGCUAACGUGAAUGUGAAGAGGGCAACAGUGGAUAAAGGCAGGAAGUAGUUUUUAUUUCUUGAAGUGUACUUUUGUGUUAUUAUAGCGCGGACCGAGGGUUUUAGCCUAGUCAAAAUAGGCAACUUUAACAAUUAAGCUGUAACGCUAGCUGUACCUGCACGUGUUUAUGUUUAUACUCUUGCAAACAGUAAGCGAGCUAACGUUUGUCAAGUAGCCAGGCGUUGCUAACUCGCCAUAAGUCACGGGCAACUAAAAUAUCUUCGACGUUUAGACCUGAGUUGUGCUUUUAAAGGAGGCAUUUAAUUUGCUAUUUCGUCCUCGCAUCUGAAAGAGGAAGGGGAGGUUGUGUGUAGUGUUGCUGGGAGCCGCUGGGAAUGUCAUCGCCUCCAAACGGUCGCAGGAGUAAUGAAGGAUCAACGAACAUAUCAGACUGCGAUUCAGAGGACGAGCCCAAGCUCCCCCUCAACCAGUUCUAUCCAUACAUCCGCUGUGCCCUGUGCUGCGGCUUCCUCAUCGAUGCCACCACCAUCACAGAGUGCCUGCACACAUUUUGCAAAAGCUGCAUUGUGAAGCACUUCUUCUACAGCAACAGGUGUCCCACAUGUAGCAUUGUUGUCCACCAGACACAACCCCUUUACAACAUCAGGCCUGACAGACAACUGCAGGAUAUUGUUUACAAAAUGGUUCCUUUCCUGGAGGAGCUCGAACGAGAACAAAUGUGUAAGUUCUACAAAGACAGAGGCCUGGAGGUGCCAAAACCAGUGGUGGUCUCCUCUCCAAGUCCUGUUGUGGUACGAAGGCAGAAGAAAGAUAACAUUCCUCAGUCUGUGUUCACCAUUCCCCCUGAGCUGGAUGUAUCUCUGCUGCUGGAGUUUGUUGGGGCUGAAGAGGGCAUUAGCAACUAUAAGCCAUUAGAGAGGCGGUACAUUCGUGUGUCUGGUGAGGCCACUGUCCGCCAUGUGGAAUUGUUCAUCAGGAGGAAGAUGGAACUUAGCCCAACCUGCCAGGUGGAUGUGGUUUGUGGAGAUCACCUCCUAGAUCACUACCAGUCGCUCAAAGACAUUCAGAAGUCUGUGGGCGAAGAGGCACUACAGGAUGGUCUGUUGGUGCUGCACUUUGGCCUGGUCCUGCCCUCCCAGUCCUGAGCACAAGACUCAGCUCCUGAGGAGAGGAGCUGCCCCUUUGGACGUUGACUCUCUUCAUCUUGUCACAAUGUGGAGUAAAGAGUCUACAUUUGCAUUAUAACUGAAUCUUAGAUGUGUUGUCAGACAGAGUCCAGGAGCUCUAAACUUAAGUUUUCUUGUUCUGGGGUGAAAAGAUGUUAACUGUUCUUUUAAAUUUCAAACUGUAGCAUCAAAUGUUCAGCGCUCACAAUGACAGGUACAUGUGAUUUACUCAAGUGCCAGCAUGUAACAAUGAAUUUUACCUGAUGAGUGGAAAUGGUAUCUGUUUAGUUCAGUGUCCUUCCACCCCACAGAAGAAUGUGACCUCUGCUGUAGCUGAAACUGGACUUAACUGCUGUGCGUGUUCUUUAUGUAUUUAUGGUUUCGAGGGCUGUGACUGUGAUUUCAGAUGUAUACAUCUGAUUUAAAGGGCUUUAAACAAAAGGACUGACACUACCAAAGGUUUGUGUGUGUGUGUGUGUGUGUGUGUGUGUGUGUGUGUGUGUGUGUGUGUGUGUAGAGGUUAGAUCUACAUGGUAUCUUUAAUUCCAGCUUGCUUCUUGUUGAUUUACACAUUUAAUUUAAGAACUGUUAACUUUUCUAUGAACUAUCUGCUGAUUGAUGUAAAUUAAUGGGACUGACUUGAUAAAACCAGCUGUUAGUAAAACUGAUCAGAGCACAAAAGCAGUAAUUUAAAGGAUGUUUGUAUAAAAAAGUCUUUGAUAUGGUUGGUGAAAAAUAACUUUCCUACUUGUUUUUGUCACUUUGAAUUAAUAAAUGAAAACACAAGUGUUUCCUAAUUCUGCCGUGUUUCCUGUUUUACAGGGGUGGUUUAAAAACUUUUGAAUGGGAGGACAAGACUAAAAAUGUGUUAAGACAUAAGCCCCGAUUCUUAGCAAUAAUAACUUGUUCUUUAUUAACAGUGAACACUGUUUAUUCAAUGAAUACUAAAUAAACAACUUUAAAUAUUUUAAUCUCUGGACACAGACGUUUUAAAGGACCACACCUUCAUGACCCCCUAAACUGAAAGAG